UAAGCUCCUUUGUUCCAAUAUCCUAGACAUUAAAGUACCAAUUCUACUUCUUCUUCUUUUUUUAUUUUUUAUGUUUAAUUGGGGGGCUUGGAAAGCAUCAAUUCAAAGAUCAAAACCCAAGGACGGCAGAGGCCAAGAAACAUAGACCCAAUUCUUCACAAGAAAUGGCUGCUGUGGCAUCUGGACUCCCGAAGGUACAGCAAGAACCGUCCGAGGCUCUCCGGAUCGUGGUUGACAACAACGGGGCCGUUAACGUACCCAAAGAUGAGCCGAGAGUGUCCUCGUCCGAGUGUGUAGUCUCUAUGGAAAAGCAGCUCGAGCAACAUCGCCAAGACGACAGGGAGGCCUCAUGGGCAAAGCUCUCCAUUUACCGGAUCCCAGACUAUCUCAAGGACGGCAACAAGAAGGCCUAUGUCCCCCAUAUCGUCUCCCUGGGGCCGUACCACCACGGCAAGGACCACCUCCCCAAUAUGGACCAGCACAAGUGGCGUUGCCUCCGCCGCAUCCUCGAGCGCUCCCAUCACAAGAUAGGCCUCUAUAUAGACUCCGUGAAGAAGGUUGAGCAGAGAGCUCGCUCCUGCUACGAUGGAAAGAUAUCCAUGAGCAGCGGUAGCUUCGUGCAAAUGAUGGUUUUGGAUGGGUGCUUUGUGAUCGAGCUAUUACAGGGAGUCGCCGAGGGGUUCGAGAAACUAGGCUACCCAAGCAAUGACCCCGUCUUCUCAAAGUGGGGAUCAAUGCUCAAGAUCCAGAUCCAGCGCGACAUGAUUUUGCUCGAGAAUCAGAUCCCGCUCUUCAUACUCGCCCGGCUACUCGGUCUCCAGCUGGGCAACCCCGAUCAGGAGGGGCGCGUGGGUAGGCUGGUGCUCAAGUUCUUCAACCCUAUUGGCAGCGAACGGGUGGAGUUUGAUGCAUCACCCGGCCAGUGCGGGCUCCAUUGCCUCGAAGUGCUCUGGCAGAGCUUCCUGCCCUCGGGCCUGACUCGAGCAAGGACCACGGAGUGGCAGCUAUACCAGCACGAGCUCAUUCCGUGUCUGACCGAGCUCAUGGAAGCCGGGAUCAAGUUCAGGUGCGUAUUUACGAAAAAAUUGGGGGACAUCCGGUUCAAUAUCAAGUACGGGACUCUCGAGAUCCCCUACAUUAAUAUCCACCAAGGGACGAGGUCGGUCUUUCUCAACUUGAUAGCCUUCGAGCAGUCUCACUUUGAUUGCAGGGAGUACAUCACCUCGUACGUAAUGUUUAUGCACAACUUGAUCAACUCCUCUGAGGACGUUCGGUACCUUUGCAAGCACGGGAUCAUCGAACACUGCCUUGGGAGCGAUGCCGAGGUCGCUGACCUCUUCAACCUGCUUUGCCAGGAGAUGGCCCUCGACAGCAAAGACAGUAAUCUCCAUAAUGUGUCUAUCAUGGUGAACGAUUACCGCAAAUGGAAACACUUUUCUUUACGUACAUCCUGGAGAGCCAGUAUGGCGCAAAAAUGGAAUGCCUGGAGAGCCAUUCUCGAGAACAAGCCCUCUAUGCAGUCUAUGGCUACUACAAGCCGCGUUCUUGAUUUCUUAUAUGGUGAAAAUAUUUGAUGAGCGCUUUAGGAGUGAUAAAAUUUCGGUGGAAAGAAUAUGUGAUGGUGGUCAAACUCAGACCGCAUGAACUACGACUUCCAAGUUCAAUAUGGCAAUACUCAUGAAUCUUUUAGGCUUUUUUUAACUUCUAUUAAUUAUUUAUGCUAGGUAGCAAAUCUAAAUUUUCCCGAUGAUAUUGAGAGAGAUUUUAAGCGUUCUUUUUUAUGUGAAAAUAAGGCUAUGAAAAAAAAAAGACGACUUAUCAAAAAAGAAAAAGAAAUGUUUGCCUAUAUACUAGGCCAAAAAGGACCUCUAAACCUCGCCUUUUUUUUGGCUAAAAAAAAAAGAAAAAACCUUCCCUUUUUUGGUGGUCACCUAUGCGAAUUAUGAGAAGGUUCCAUUUGGAGACGAAGUUCAAACAAUUGGGAAAAGGUAAUGGGCUUAGGAUUUUGGAGGACUUCCUCCUCUCCCUCACCAAUUACUUCCUCGAUCUGAUUCCUUGGAUAGGUUGAAUCAUGAUUAUUAAUUUUAUGAAUUCCAUGUGGGUUCCACAUGUGAAUCUCACAAGAUUAACGAUAGUGAUUUAAAAGAAACAUAUUUCUAUAUAGUCAAGUAAAAUUAAUUAUAACGUGCCUUGGAUUCUACAUGCGCUUCACCACUAUACCUUAAACCCGUUAGCUACUCUUAUUGAUUCUCCAAGACUUGUUUCUAA